UAGGGCUUUUGGGGUUCUCGAUGAUGAGGCGCGCGUGGAGGAAUCGCUGCCCCGCCCGGCGCUGCUACGAGAAUGGAGGUAUUCCUUCCAGGUCCUUGCACGGCGCGGCGAGGCGCGGCCCCUACGAUGAUGGCGGCGGCGUCGACGCGGCCCCGGCGCCAUCGGCUAAGGUGCUCAAGAUCGUCGAGGACAUCGCCAAUCUCACACUGCUCGAGGCGGCCGACAUGUCGCUGCUGCUCAAGAAGAGGCUGCGCAUCCAAAACGUGCCCGUCAUGUCCAUGGGGAUGAAUGUGAUGCACGAUAUGUGGUAUGAUCCUUUGCCGCUCCCCGCCGCCGGUCCUCCGCCGCCUCCUCUUCCGCGGCGUUCCCUCGGCGGCAGCCAGAGGAUUCUUCCGGAAGAGAUCCAUCUCCAGCACGGGCUCUUGCGCAGUCCAAGUGGUGCCGCCGCCACCGCCGCGAGCUCCUCCUCCUCCCGGUCGGUCCAUGCGGCGAUCAGCGAGAGUGACAAGUAUCUCUAUCAGCUCCCCUCGGCGUCGUCGGACACGGACUCCUACGACAACGAGCUGGACGAUCGCGACCACGAUCGCGACGUCGAUCGCGACGACGACGACAAGUUCGGCACCGGCGUGGAAGAAGAGGAUCGUUGGGACGAUGACGAGGUGACAAUGCCUGGAGCGAAGAGUCUGAGCAAGGCGCAAGGUGAUGGAGCACAGACUGUUGCUGCAGCAAAGAAGGCCGCGACGCCGACGAAGAAGAAGGCUCCAGCGGCGAAAGCCACAGCGAGCAAUGGAGCUCCCGAUGGAUCGCCCGCUCCCGCGGCCGUCAUCAAGAAGAGAGGUGGCCGGAGACCGAAGGCCAACGAGGGAGCUGUGCCGUCUUUCACAGCGCCAGCGCCGGACCCCCCGCCGCCUGCGAAGAAACCAGCGGUGGCGACGAAAGCAAAGGCGAGAGCUUCGACCACUACAACCAAAGCCAAACCAGCUGCUGCCGCUGCAAAGGCUGCUGCUGCUCGUGAGAGGGGGAGGACCACGCGCGCCCUGCCCGCGAGCACCCGCCGGGACCGAGACGAUGAUGAGCGCUGCGCUGCCAGAUGCGCUGCGCUUAACACGAGGAGGACGAAGAAUAAGAUGGAGAGAAAUCGCUGCGCACUUCUAAUCGUCCUGGCAGUUCUGGCAAUGCCCGGUGGUGGUAACGCGGACGAUAAAGACGCGCUCAUGGCAUUCAAGGCUUCGGCAGAUGUGUCGAACAGGCUAACGAGCUGGGGGAACGGAGAUCCUUGCAGCGGCAAUUGGACUGGUGUAAAGUGCGUGCAAGGACGGAUUCGCUAUCUCAUCCUCGAAGGCUUGGAGCUGGCCGGAUCAAUGCAAGCGCUCACCGCACUCCAGGACCUCCGCAUUGUCAGCCUCAAGGGGAACUCUCUCAACGGCACUCUUCCGGAUCUCACGAACUGGAGAUACUUGUGGAGCUUGUAUCUUCACCACAACGACUUUAGCGGCGAGCUUCCACCCAGCCUGUCCAACCUCGUACAUCUUUGGCGGCUCAAUCUCUCCUUCAACGACUUCUCGGGACAGAUACCACCAUGGAUCAACUCGUCGCGGCGGUUGCUCACUUUGAGGCUCGAGAACAACCAGUUCUCGGGGGCUAUUCCGGAUCUCCGGCUCGUCAACCUCACGGAGUUUAACGUUGCCAACAACAGGCUGAGUGGAGAGAUCCCACCGUCGCUCAGGAACUUCUCAGGCACUGCGUUUCUGGGGAAUCCAUUCUUAUGUGGUGGCCCUCUGGCGGCAUGCACGGUGAUACCCGCGACACCGGCACCUUCUCCGGCAGUGGAGAAUAUAAUCCCGGCCACACCGACGUCCAGACCAAACGAGGGAAGAAGAACGAGGAGCCGACUUGGGACAGGGGCCAUCAUCGCCAUUGUCGUUGGUGAUGCGGCGGUUCUCGCCUUGAUCGCUCUGGUUUUCCUGUUUUUCUACUGGAAACGCUACCAACGCAUGGCGGUGCCUUCUCCAAAGACCAUCGACGAGAAAACGGAUUUUCCAGCGUCACAAUACUCGGCUCAGGUGCCGGAAGCGGAGAGAAGCAAGCUGGUAUUUGUCGACUCCAAAGCCGUGGGCUUCGACCUGGAAGAUCUCCUGCGAGCUUCUGCCGAGAUGCUGGGAAAAGGAAGCUUUGGAACGGCAUACAAGGCUGUGCUCGAGGACGGAACAAUAGUUGCGGUGAAGCGGCUCAAGGACAUUACAAUAUCUGGAAGGAAAGAGUUUGAGCAACAUAUGGAGUUGAUCGCAAAGUUUCGACACCCCAACGUGGUUAAGCUCAUCGCAUACUAUUACGCCAAGGAAGAAAAGCUCCUGGUGUACGACUUCAUGCCCAACGGGAACCUCUACACACUUCUUCACGGUAACAGAGGUCCCGGAAGGAAACCCCUGGACUGGACAACGCGCGUUAAGAUCGCUCUGGGUGCGGCUAAGGGCCUGGCCUUCAUACACCGUCAGCCUGGCGCUCAAAAAAUACCGCACGGAAACAUCAAGUCUUCGAACGUGCUGCUCGACAAAGAUGGCAACGCUUGCAUUGCAGACUUCGGCCUAGCGCUGCUCAUGAACACGGCAGCGGCUUCUCGUCUAGUAGGCUACAGAGCUCCCGAGCACGCAGAGUCAAAGAAGAUAUCUUUCAAGGGGGACGUCUACAGCUUCGGGGUCUUGCUCUUGGAGCUCCUAACUGGGAAGGCACCGGCACAGUCACAUACUACGCAGGGGGAGAACAUCGAUCUUCCACGCUGGGUACAGUCCGUGGUUCGGGAGGAGUGGACUGCCGAAGUCUUCGACAUCGAGCUCAUGAAAUACAAGAACAUCGAAGAGGAGAUGGUGGCCAUGCUACAGGUUGGGAUGGUUUGCGUCUCGCAGUCGCCGGACGAUCGGCCAAAGAUGAGCCAGGUUGUGAAGAUGAUCGAGGAUAUAAGAGCCGAUCAAUCUCCAGUGGCCGGGGACUCGACUUCGCAGUCACGCUCUGGAUCUCCCUCGGACGCAAGCCAUUGACUGGAUGAAACAUUUAUUUCUACUAUA